AUGGAAAAGGCUAUAAUAGACUUGGCAGAACAAAACAAACAAUUUAUGGCGAGUCAAAUGAUGAUACAAGAAAGGCUGGAAAGACAACAGAAAGGGAAGAAAGGCUCAGAUUAUGAGAGCUUUAUCAAGUUAACACCCCCAGAAUUUUCAGGUACUACCAAACCAGAAGAAGCAGAGGGGUGGGUAAGAAGAAUGGAAUCGAUAUUUGCAGUGAUGGGUGCAGCAGAAGACCAGAAGGUAAACUUAGCUACAUUUAUGUUCAAAAAUGAAGCUAGUUAUUGGUGGGACACGACAAAACAUAUAUUGCUCAUUCCAGGAGAGAAAGAGGUGAUAUUAUGGGAUCCAUUUGUUAAAGUUUUUUAUGAGAAAUAUUUCCCUCCAAUUUACAGAAAAGAGAAGGAACGGGAGUUUAUUCUCCUAAAACAAGAUAGAAUGUCUGUAGUUGAUUAUGAAGUUAAGUUUACAGCUUUAUCGAGGUUCGCACCCAAGUUUGUACAGAAUGAAGAAGAUAAUUGUACAAAAUUCCAAGAUGGUUUAGAGGCGGCUAUUAAGUCUAGAGUUUCAGUGUUUGAGGAAACAUAUUACAACAGACUUGUGAAUAAAGCUAUGAUUGUUGAAAGGGAUGUGAAAGAAUUGCAAGAAAGAAGGGAACAAUACAAAAGAAAUAGAUCUAAGCCGUCACAGUCAAGAGGAGGUGAAGGAAUUUCAAGUCAGAAAAGUUAA